AUGCCAGUAAUCAGCUUAGAGGACCAUUUCGUGUCCGAGGCACUGCAUGCGUCGCCUUCAGUGUCCAAUCUCGGUCUGCACAUGUUCCCACCACAGGUUGUGUCGAAGCUUCGCGACAUCAGAGAAGGCCGAAUCGACGAUCUGAACCACGGGGGCAUAUCUGUACAAGUCAUAUCGGCGAUUCCAUCUCUGGAAUCUCCAAAAAUCUGUCGUGAUACAAACCUACAGAUCUCCCAGUCGGUGAGGGACUUCCCGCAUCGAUUCAGUGGCUUCGCCUGCCUACCAAUGAUGGAUCCAGCGGCGGCACGUACUGAGUUAGAGUACUGUGUUGAAGAAUUGAAAUUUCCCGGUGCCCUCGUCCCCAACCACGCCGGCGGGACAUUCUACGAUGCAGAACAGUACCUGCCUUUCUGGAAGAAGGUGGAGGAGCUCAACACGCUAAUCUACAUCCAUCCAACACCUCCUGACCCAGCUCAUGCAAAGUUUUAUCAAGGGAAUUACUCCAAAGAUCUCGGAACGAUGUUGGGUAUGCAUCUGUGGGGCUGGCAUACUGAUGUAGGCAGUCAUAUCCUCCGGUUGUUCUUCAGUGGGCUCUUCGAUAAGUGUCCCAAGUUAAAGAUCGCGAUUGGACAUAUGGGAGAGAUGCUUCCAUUCAUGAAAGGCCGAAUUCGGUAUGCAGCAGCUCAAAGCUGGCUCAAAUACGAACGAACUUUCGACAAGGUGUGGGACGAGAAUCUCUGGUUCACCACGAGCAUGUUUGAUAUGGGUGCAAUGACAUGUCUCGUGCGAUCCGCGUCUAUUGAUCGUAUUAUGUAUAGCGUCGAUUAUCCCUUGGUGCCUAUGGAUGAUUCAGUGGACUUCAUCAGACAACUUCGUGAAAGUGGCUUAUUGACGGAGCAAGAGCUAGAAAAGGUGUUAUACAAGAACGCAGAACAGCUGCUAGGAAUUGAUAUUCGCUGUGAAUAG